AUGCCGAACGAACGCACGCCUCUCCUCUGGUCAUCCGGUCGUCCCUCCGAUGCCGCCGACAACAACCUACCCACCGACGCGCACGCGCAGUUCUGCAUGAUGACGGGUGUCCCUUCUUCUGAGCCAACCCCGAGUGGUAAAUCGCGUUCUUCUGCGUCAGUGCCGCCUAAGUCCCUGUACGGCCGCGCGACCCGCCAACUCUCGAAGCAGCGCUUCACCUAUUACAUGACGGCGUCGCUGUCCAACACGAUGCUGCUGUCCCAGGUCGUCCUGGGCGCCGCACUGACUGCCCUGGGCGCCUCGGAGUCGAGUCACAUCCUGAUCACCAUCUUCGGGGCCAUGAACACCAUCAUUGCCGGACUCGUUGCGUAUCUGAAGUCGCGGGGCCAGCCCAUGCGGGCGCGCAUGUACCGGGAUGAUCUGGAGCGGGUGGUGGACGAGAUCGAAAACUCCGAGAUCAUGUGGCUGGGCAUCACCACGGGGGUCAAUGGGUACGACGACAUCGAUACUGGGGACGGGAAGAGCGGAGAGCGGGGAGCCGCGGCGGUGACGGUCCGGAGCGAAGUGGCCAGGCUUACGAGGUUGUACGAACGGGCGGUCAGGAACAACACGGUCAACAACCCAGACAUGUACAUGACGGGGGCCGUGGAUGGGAACUAUGCAGGGGCAACUCUGAGAAGUCGAGCUGCUGUUGGGGGAUCACAGGCCCCGGCAUUGCCGAUGCCAGCGCCAGCACCCAUAAUGACGCCAGUCGUGGGCAUAAACCCAGGGCCAGCUGCGGCCGUGCCCGCUCUCGCAGCCGCACCAGUUCAACAGCCUCCGCCGCACGACCCAGAUGAGAGCCCGGCAACUGCGCCACCGAAGCCGAAGGAGGACAAGAACGCGGCAGAAAAGAAGGAGGCAGACGCGAAGGGCAAAGAAAAGGAGAUGGAGAAGGAUGCCAAAGAUGCAAAGAGCGAUGGUGAUGAUGCAGGGUCAUCCGACGCGGCGGAUCCUCUACCUGGAAAUCAGGAGGGGGAGCCAGCCGAUGAGCCUCCUGUGCAGAAGGAGCAGGAAAAGGAAAAAGAGCAGAAACAGGAGCAGCAGCAACAGCAGCAGCAGCAACCACCGCAGCAACAACAACAUGACCCCGACGCGGAGCCUGCCAGUGACCCGAACGUUCCCUUGAAGAAAGUCGCUGGCGACACGGCGGACGGGGAAAGCUAG